CCUUCCUGCCCGGGUGACAAGCUUGAAUUGCAUUCAUUUUAGUUUUUCAAUUAUUUUGUCCAAACCACUACCAAGGCAUGAUGUCACUGGGUUAACAAUUUACAGUUGUUAAAAGAGCACAACGUAAGAGACCGACGUCUGUGAAAUCGUCAGAGGCUACGUAAGGAUCUUUCUACCCAGUGGAAAAUGAGAGGCCAGUGAAACAGCCUCCACCAUCAUCAGGGUGACGGCCUCCGAGGAUGGGACCUAUCGCUAGAGCUAUGUGGAUAAAGAUAAUGCAUUCAGUGUACAGUAUCUAACGAUGUUCAAUUCACUCCAGUCUGGCUCUGAAGAAUAGGCCUUUUUGAUGUUCUGACUGAACACGUAGCAUCUCUUUGCAGGUUUCCUUCAUGCUAUUGGCUCCAUCCGCAAGAUGCUGCCUUGUUUAUGGAGAGCCGUGCGUCCUGCCCUAACUCUGCGGACGGGGAUAUUUCCUGGUCCCGUGCGAGGAAACAGUUCACCGAUCUACCGCAAUACUACGUCCGUUAUUCAAGCCUCUAACUUAGGCACCCAUCCUCUUAAAGAGCCUAUGGAGCCUAUGACCUCUCCGCAAGGAGCCCGGGAAUUUAUUUAUAGCCUCCAGCCUACGGAGCGAACUUGCCUUUUGCGAGAACUCCACCGCUUUGAGUCUAUUGCAAUGGUUCAAGAGCAAUUGGAGAUGGCACCUCCAACUUCUGCACAACUUAGAUACGUACUUUUCCACAAUGCUCUUCCGUUCAUUGGAUUUGGUUUCCUGGAUAAUGCCAUCAUGAUUGUUGCGGGUACCCAGAUUGAGCUCUCAAUAGGCGUUAUCCUUGGGAUCUCCACCAUGGCAGCUGCAGGCCUUGGAAACCUGGUAUCAGAUCUGGCUGGUCUGGGUCUUGCAGGUUACGUGGAAGCUUUGGCCUGCAGGAUGGGGAUGCAGAUACCAGACAUGAGCCCCAAACAGGCCGACAUGUGGCAGACACGAGUCAGCUCUCAUUUCGGAAAAGCCAUAGGAGUGGCCAUCGGCUGCAUACUGGGGAUGUUUCCCCUUUUCUUCAUGAGCAACGAGAAGAAGGACGGAAAGGAAGGCGCAGAGGCCUCUGUGGACCCCAAAAGCUAGCUGAAUGGCCCCAACCAACGGCUACCUGUUCAAGGACUUGCCUGUAAAGAGAUAAAGACUACCACACACAGAAAUCAAGAGCAGCGUAGCUCUCGAGCAGCCGACGUAAUGUCGAGAAAUUAAAUUAAGACUAAAAUAUGCAUGGUUUUAAUGACGCACUCUAAAUCUAAAUCUCUGUAACAUCUCAGCUAUUUUUUUAAAUAUCAAACGGGAGCACAAUCCUCUACAAUGUCUCUGCCACCUUUUGCUGUAUUUACUUGAACUGUACUGUGCAAUCUAGAGAUUAGAGCUUUUGUAGCUGUUUUGAUUUAGGAGUCACAACUUUGUCUGAGCUGUUCCAAGACAGCAUGCCACUGAAAUUAUUGGGAAAAAAUGGGAUUUUAUUGAGAAUUUAUGUGACUUUACCUCUCUCACCCUAGCUGUUUAAAUCAGUUUUUUUUUAGAUUAGAGUUAGAACAUUUCCACGUGGCUUCCCAAUAUUUGCUGUAUAAUGCUUCAUUUGAUGUGCAAGAAUGUUUAUAAACAUUAAAAUACCAUCAGGCAUUGAUUCAUAAUACUUACGAUGUGAUUCCAUUU